AAGUUAUAGGGGUAUAUAUAGAGCUCGUGCUCGGUGUAGUCUGGAGCACACACACAGGACACACAGAUAGUCAGGAUGGUGAGAAACAGUGUGACUGUGCAGGCAGCUGCUCUCCUGCUGCUCACUUUGCUCUUCAUCUGCUGGAAUGCUGCAGAAGCCACUGAUGGAGCAUCAGACUGCUGUUUGACGACUGUGGACAAAAAAAUCCCACAAAACCUGGUGAAGUCCUACUACGUUCAGACUCUAGAGAUGGGCUGCAGAGUGCAGGCCACAGUGUUUGUCACGAAGAAAGGCAAGCAACUGUGUGCACCUCCUGCAACAAAGAACAACUGGGUUAAAAAGUUGAUCAAUAAACUGAAAAAAAAAUCCAGAAAUCCAUCCAAACGAAAAACACAGUAGAUUAUCUCGGAUCAGAUAAUCCUGGAUCAGAUAACACAGGUCCCGUUUCAAUCAAUCAAGGACUCAACUCGGAUUAGACUGAUCUGAGAAGCUGAAACCACUACCAGGAAUGAAUAAGCUUUUAUAAAUAUAUUGCUAUUGAUGUGUGAAACCAAAUCCACCACCUGAACAUGCUGUGAUUGUAUUUUGUAAUAUCUCUGACGUAGGUUUAUUAUCUUUAGUCUGAAAUAUUUAUACCUGCUAUAUAUUAUAUGUAUUUUCUUGUGAAUCGGAAAGCAGGUUCUGUUUUUUGUGGUAUAUAACAGAUGCCAUUGAUUUGUAUUGUGAAUGUUUAUAAAAGACAAUUUUUCUAAAAAAAAAAAAAAAGUGUGAAUCCUAUUUGUAUUUCCUGUUUGCAUAGCAUUAAAAAGCCAUCAUAUUGUUUCA